AAUAUUCUCAGGAUUUUCUUCACCUUCUCAUUUUUUUAUCUCCUUCGUGCCGUUUUUCUCGCAAAUCUCCAGCGAGAGACGGAGUGCCGACGCAUGCGUCGCGUAGUCACGAGCGGUUGACUCGUGCACUCGCGAAAAUUCUCCAGUUGGCGCCGCGACGCGCUCGAAGGAGCUCUCUCUCGUUCGUUUGACGGCAUCGCAAAGAAGCGACGACGAGCCGCUCCUACUUUCCGCAGCCGUGGGAAAAACGAAAAUUCGAGGAGGUAAAGAAGAGAGAAACAGGCAAGGGAUGAGGCCCUGCUUCCGGAAGUAGCGCGCGCGACUCAGCCGAGAGAGAUGCGACAAUGCGGCUGGCACGCCGCUACGCGAGGAUAGUGUGGUGCAGCACACCUGCCGUUCGAGCAUGGCGGCGUACAAAUUGUCAGGAAGAACGCGUUCAGAUUCCUCGGUGAAAUAAGCAGCCGCGCCGGAUAUCGAGAGCAGUAAAGCCGCUUAUUCGGGUCGACAGACUUGUUCAGACUUCCCAACUCCCACGGUGGCCGCCUCCAUGGUAAAAUGAAACUUUUGUCGCACCUGUUGCGUGACAGGUGUAUUUUUGACGGAUGCACGCAUGUGAAAACCACGUGGCCGGCGAGUCGACGAUCUAACGAUCUUGCUUGACGAUAAGCACUGCCGAAUCUCGCGUUUCGUUCUCAAUGUUUAUCGCUAAACUCGUUUUUAAAGUCCGGAGCGCGAUGAGACUGUUGUGUCGUUCCAUAAAUCAUUGUAGAAUUUGCAAAAAGCGCGAUCGCUCUUUCAAGUCAAUCGCGAAUUGAGCUAAUUGUCGAAUUGGAGAACGCAAAAUGCGCGCACGUUGGCCGAGCGAGCUGAACCGAGUUCGAGGAUGGGCCCGCGUACACGGUGGGACGGGAAAACUUGUCGCGAGCUGUGAAGGAUGCUGAAGAGAGCGGCAAAAUGGUGGACGUGCACAACGCAAGCGGGAUUCAAAAUAUCUGCCUGCUGCCGGAAGACCUGGAUAUGCUGGAGGAUCCGCGAACGCCGACUUUGAGGAGGGUCAGUUACGGUAUCGUGUUGCCGACCAUUUGCUGCUUCGGCAUCAUCGGCAACAUCCUGAAUCUCAUCGUUCUCACGAGAAGAAACAUGCGUGGCACCGCUUACAUCUACAUGAGAGGUUAUUCCGCGGCGGCACUCCUUGCGAUCCUGUUCUGCAUCCCCUUCGCGCUGAGAGUUCUCAUCCACAAGGAGACCGGAGGAUGGAGCAGCUGGCCGCAGGCCUUCUACCACGCUCACCUCGAGCUCUUCCUCGGGAACGGCUGUCUCGGGGUUGGAGUAAUGAUGCUUCUGGCAUUGACAGUGGAGCGUUACGUAAGCGUCUGUCAUCCCGGACAACACACGCGACCACUCUGCGGACCGCCUCACCUAACAGUGGUGCUCAUCCCACUGGUUACAUUUCUCGUUUAUCUGCCGAGCGUAUUUCGAGGUGAAAUUACGACCUGCUUGCUAGCGCCCGGCGGACCCCUAAUCUACCAGAAGAGGGAAAAUCAGUCGUUUCUCAACUCGUGGUACUAUCAGGUAUACAAGGUGGUACUGGAGAUGGUUUUCAAAGUGGCACCGACGAUCCUCCUCGCCGGGUUCAACCUGAGAAUAAUGAUCGUGUAUAGGAGAUCUUGUGAGCGACGUCGGAGAAUGACCUUAUCGAGGACCGUCAGCAACGACGAGGAUCCCAGAACUUUCGCCGAAGAACGAAGGCUCAUCCUGUUGCUGAGUAGCACCAGCAUCCUGUUCCUAAUCUGCGUUAGUCCUAUGGUUAUAUUAAACGUUACUCUCAGCGAGAGCAAUCUCAACAAUUACCCUUAUCAGGUGUUCCGCGCAUUGGCCAAUCUGCUGGAAGUGAUCAAUUACUCGAUCACGUUUUACAUUUAUUGCCUCUUCUCCGAGGACUUCCGGAACACCCUGAUACGUACCUUGCAGUGGCCAUGGGUCAAGAACAAGCAGGGUGGUCGAAGUCUGCCUAUGAAGCGUUCGCCGAUACCAAGACCAACGACAACGACGACCACCACACCCCCUACUACCACGGUCGCAACCCCCGGACAUCUGGCUCGUGCCAGCGUUUAACACGGAUUCUUCGUCAUCGAUUCUGGCGUCAAGCGUUUGGUCGGUCGCUGACCGGCGGAAUAAAAACGACCCGGAUCCGAUGCGGGAGCAGCGUGCCGUAAAACUGUGAAUCGUCAGGGAGGACAAUUGAGUUGCGAGAGUAAAAACUCUGUAAAAAAAAAUCCAGACGAAAUGAAGAUUUAUCGGUCGUGCGAUUUCGCUUGCGUGUACAGCAGGCUUGAUAGUGAGUUGCGUAGACGGUCUGCAGAGAUGUCUCAUGGCAAUUUGAAGCGGCAUUCGCUCGAAUGAUAAAUGAUACAAUAAAAUAGUCGCGUUUGCGAAACAUUGCGUUACAUUGCGUCGCGCCAUCGAUUUCUCACCAUCGAUGCUUGCUGCGAAUCUUCCGAUUCUUAUGAUGAGUCGAUGCUGUGGAAUAUUCCAGCUAUGUAUAUUCCGUAUACCCGGGCAAACUCUGGAAUAGUUGCAGACUAGCGUAACAGCCGCAUCCGCGGAACAUUCUUGCGUACUAACGGCUAAAGCCGGGCACGUCUACGCGGUUGCUGCCGCUGCUAAAUUCGUACCUCUGGCUAUUUCCGAGAUCAAAUCGACCCGACCCGACCCGAUUAAAUAACUGAUAUCUAAGAAUUUCUCUCUUUCCCUCUCUUUUUCGUUCGUUCAACGAUCGCGUAGAAACAAUCGUGAGCACUACGACAUUUAACGAGGCCUCGCGCAACAACGAAAAAAGUACAUAAAAAGGCGAGGGAUUCCAUAAAAAGUCGUCGUUGUAAAUCUCAUGAGACCGUCUCGCGCUGCAAAGUACAAGCUGGAAAAGUUUCUCGCAGACUGCAUCGUCGAUCGAGUCCAUACAGAUGCGGGAAUGAGGGCAGAAAAAGAGAGAAGAAGAGAGAAAGACAAGGGAAGAGAAACGCAGGCGAUAGGGGAAAACGCGAAUGGAAAAGAAAUGCCGCGGUGAGAGUCGCAGCGAUGCGUCCGUGGCAUUGUGACGCGGGAAAUUUAUCAGAAUUCGCGGGAGACGUGGCGACAAGACUUGUGCAUUGAGUCGCGAGUGCGAUCGCUGCCACUACUGGAAAUUAAAGGAGAGAGCACAUCCGAGGAACGGCGAGCGAAGAAGCGAGAGAAGAAGAUGGGACGUGAAGAAGAGUCAAGACGUGUCAAGUACCUGAUCACACGAGGACAUUUUUCGCGAGAACACGCGAGACUCGCGAGCUCCAGCUGAACGGAACAUUAAUUUGACGCCUUAAUUUGGAAUCGCCGGAAACGAAGAGUGACGCGCGAGAGGUGCCAAAUCCCUCGCAUGAAAGUUGCAACAAUUAGACAAUUAUAUUAACGAACGAUGUCAAAGGAUCGUUUGCGACGCACGGUGGACCACUAAAAAAUUUUGCGAGAAUGUUACAUAAAUAAAUGUUGCUAAGUGAUGGUGAGAAUCGCGCGUCUCUCACUCGGAGUUACCGGCAUUAUUCUUUUGUACCACGAUGUAUCUUCGCCGUGGACGCAUUAACGUAUUGUUCGAUUAGAUCUAAGGGAUUUGCAUGCGUCGGUACCGGAAUCGAACGCGAACUGAAUUUUAAGCAACAGCGCAUUUCCGCGCGUGGAAAAGAUAGAACGCGAGUACAUCGCGAUACGAGAGAACCUUGUGCGUAUCGUUCGACUUUUAAAGAUCCUAAUAAAGGGAUGCUAACUGCCAUUGUUGCGAUAAUAAUAUUCCAUCGAACUCGCAGAAAUAAACUGCUACCUCUUGGUCGCAUCGCGUUUCCGAAAUAGACGCUGCACUCUAGAAUAGUAUUCCCUCUCUCGGGGAAUCGAUAAUUAAAUUCGCCGCAACGGUCCGUCCGCGUUCUUAGUUCGAUGGUAAUAUUAUUUCGCUUUAUUUGCAUACGUAAAUCCGUAGAGCAGGAGCGUUUCGCGAUGCCGAGCUCCUCCUUCGCCGGAUGCGACGUACGCCUGGAACGCCCUGGAACUUCCCGAUGCGCGUGAACGAAGAAAUAAAUUCAGAGAAACAUCC